AUGUCUACGGAUUUCACCGAAGUUCCUGAGAAUCGAACAGUUUCAGGAAAGCGAAAUUUCUUUGAAUAUUUAUUUAUUAAAUUCAAUACAUUUUAUGAAAAAAUAUUUUCAUCUGUUGGUGAACAACUUGGUAAAAAACCCUAUCAAUUUAUUCUCAUAUCAUUUAUAUUAACUGGUCUUUGUUCAUUGGGUUUUUUACGUUUAAAUAUGAUUAAUAAUGCUGAAGUUCUAUUUAUUCCAACGGAUUGUAAAAGUGUAUUAGAUCGAGAAAUAGUCGCUGAAAAAUUACCUAUGAAUUAUGAUGAAUAUUAUCUUCAUCAAGAUUAUGAUUUAGGUAUCUUUGGUGAUGUUAUAUUUUUAACAAAUGAUUAUGCAAAUAUUGGACGUUUAAAUAUACGUAAUGAACUUAAACGUAUUUAUAUACUUAUACAAAAUAUUAAUGUAACAUAUAAUAAUCAAACAUAUUCUUAUAAAGAUCUUUGUGCUAAACGAGAUAAUCAAUGUGUAACUGAAGGUGAUAUAUUUUUUCGUGAAUCAUUUUGGCAACGUUUAAAAGAUAAAGAUUUAUAUAAAUAUCUUUCAAAUGAUCUUUAUACAGAUGAUGAUGGUGUACCAAAUUUAUUACCAUUUAUAUUUGGAAAAAAUUUAACACUUAAUUUAGAAAAAAAAUUUUUAUUUACUAAAGUACUUAAAUUACGUUUUAAUUUACGACGAACAUUAUUCAUUAAAGGUAAACAUGUUAAUAUUGAAAACAUAAGUCGAAUGUGGGAACAAGCUUUCCUACAAUUUUUUCAUCAUUUUAAAUCAAUUAUGGUUCAAGCAACGUAUGCAGUUUCAACAUCUAUUGAUCAAGAACUUGACAGUAAUAUUAAACUAGAUAUGAUAUUAGUAGUUGUAACAUUUUGUGUUAUGAUUAUUGUUGCUACAAUAUGUUUAUCAGUUCGUGGUCCAUUUGCACAAUCACCUGCAUAUUUAUCAGGUGUUGGUGUUACAGCUACAAUGUUAGGAUUAGUAUCUGGUUUUGGUUUUUGUUCAUUGAUUGGUAUACCUAUGUGUUCAUUGGUAUUUGUAACACCAUUUUUAAUUAUUGGUGUUGGUACUGAUGAUAUGUUUCUUAUUUAUUCGGCAUAUCGUCGAACAAAAACAUCUGAAACAACUGCUCAACGAUUAGCAGAUACAUUUCGUAUAUGUGGUUCAGGUAUAACAAUAACAACAUUAACGAAUGUUAUUGCUUUUCUUGCUGGAGCAACAACGAAUUUUUAUGGAAUACGUUUAUUUUGUAUUUAUACAAGUGCUUCAAUGGCUUUUUGUUAUUUAUAUCAAAUAAUGUUAUUUGGUAGUGCAGUUGCUUUAUAUAAUGAAUGUAUAAGUAACAAUCGACAUACACUUAUUUUAUGUCUUGUUGAUCGUAAACAACCAACAAAUAAUCAACGACGUCAACGUCAUCAUCGACAGCAAUGUUUACCAUGGAAAGAAAUGUUUGUAUAUAUUACAAAACCAUUAUUUACAAAAUGGGGUCAAAUUAUUGUAUGUUUAAUAUUUAUAAUUUAUACAACUUUUGCUAUUUAUGGAGCAUUACAAAUGAAAGAUGGAAUGAAUUUUGGACAAUUAUUAAGUGAUAAAUCAUAUGCAAAAGUUUAUUUUGAUACAUUAGAUAAAGAAUUUGAACUUUAUCCAUUAGUACAAUUUAUAAUAACAGAACCAAUACCAUAUUGGAGAAGUGAUUAUUUAAAACAAAUAAGAGAUUUAAUAAAACGUGCUAAACAAUUAGAAGGAAUGAAUCCGGAAUUUGAAAUCUCAUGGUUUUCAUUAAUUGGUUAUGAUGGACAAGAUUAUCCAUUUGAUAAUGGUACACAAUUUAUAGAAAUAGUUCAUGGUUUUGUAAAUUUAUUUCCAACAUUUUCUAAUGAUCUAUUAAUUAAUAAUACUCAUCUAUUAACUAGUCGUUUUUAUUUAAAAUUUGGACGUGUUUACUAUAAUUCACUUGAUGGUCAUUUAGUCAAUCAAUUACGUUCUCUUGCUGAACAAUCAAAAUUACCAAUUAAAGUUUAUAGCAGUCUUUUUAAAUAUUAUGAACAAAUGUAUGAAGUUAUUCCUAAUAUAAUACAAACAUUUCUUAUUGCUAUUGAAGCAAUGUAUUUAGCAACUUUAAUUAUAAUACCUGAUCUUAAAUCUGUUCUUAUUAUAAUUUCAACAAUGGCUAUGAUAUUAGUAAGUCUUGUUGCUAGUUUACAUGCUUGGGGUAUUCAAGCAUCAUCAGUUAUGAUGAUUGAGCUUGUGAUGUCAAUUGGUUUUUGUUCGGAUUUUUGUGUACAUAUUGUACAUGCUUUUUUAACAUCGACUGGUACAAGAAAAGAACGUGCACAACAAGCAUUAAUUAAUAUGGGAAUGCCAAUAUUAUGCGCAAGUUUAUCAUCAAUAAUUGGUAUUUUAUUUUUAGGUUUUGCAAAUUCAUAUUUAUUUCGAACAUUUUUUGUAACAAUUGUUUCUAUUAUGAUAUUUGGAGCUAUACAUGCACUUUGUUUUCUACCAAUUAUUCUUUCAUUAAUUGGUUCUCAUUGGUCGUCACAUAUGAAUAAUAAAAUACAACCAAAUAAUACUCUUCAAAUGACAGCAACUAUAAAUAAUGAUUCUCAAGCGAAUGGAUAUAUAACAAAAAGAGAAAAAUUACAAACAAAAUCAAAUACAAUUGAAGAAGAAGAAAAUGAUGAAUUUAUGCCAACAACAAGAGAUACUUAA